AUGCAGCGACUGUGUGCGUAUGUGCUGAUCUUGGUGCUGGCUCUGGCCACCUUCUCUGAAGCUUCUUGGAAGCCCCGCUCCCACCUGCAGGAUGCACCCUUGGGUCCAGGGGCCAGUAGGGGCCAGGAGCCACGUGGGCUGGACCAGUUGGGCCCAGCCUCUCACCACCGAAGGCAGCUGGGGCUCCAGGAUCCUUCACACUUGGUAGCAGACCUGUCCAAGAAGCAGGGACCAUGGGUGGAAGAAGAAGAAGAAGCAUAUGGCUGGAUGGACUUCGGACGCCGCAGUGCCGAGGAAGGGGACCUAGGUCCCUAGAGCCAAGCUUGAGAGCCCAGCCACCUCCCAGCCCAGCCUAGCCCAGCCCCAUGAAACAUAAAUCGAAAUAAACUAGCUUCCAAUGG